CGCUAAGUUCCUGCCGCUAAUUUGACGAACGUGCAAUUUUUUAGAUUUGUAAAUGGCGCUUGAUAAUGAUAAAUUAUUAGCAACGGGUGAUUUGUUUUUACCCGGCUUAGUGCAGCAGGUUUUUCAUAAAUACAAACGUACUAAUGGUACAAUCUUAACUACAGCUGAACGCACAGAGUUGUUUAUAGAGUUGAGCGCCUUGUUGGGCGAGGAUCUUCUAGAGCGGGCACUGCGUCUGCUUGAUGAGUGGAGCUUUAUUAUCUACUACACAGCAGAUCGCUUACGGAGCAUAGCGGAAUUGAGCAGCAAGCGAAACUUAGCGCAUGUUGUGCGUGUCGUACCAGGUGUAAAUUAUUGCAAGUGCCGCUAUUUCCAGCGUUGUGUGUUGCAGUUAACAGACAAGGAGGAGGGUGAGGAGGAGGAGGAGGAGGAGCAGCAGGAAAUAGACAUCAACAAGAGCAAUCAAGUUUCGUUCACCUGUGAGCACGUGCUGGCACAGCGCUUGCAUUGGCUUGUAAAUCUAGAGCCACGGGCACAGAUCUUGACGCUGGAUCAGUUUAGAUACUUCCACAACGAUUUCUAUGAGGAUUAAUGCAGCACUCGAAGCUGCUGUA